CACUAGAAUUGUUUGCGUUAGGUGAAAGCAAUAAAUAAUUAAGAACGGAAGUUUCUUUCGUUCUAAUUGAAUCAGCAUUUAUUUAUAAUUUAUUGAUGGCUGCGAUCAAGUGCACGGGAUAUAAAUGAUAAUAUAGCAUUAACUUAAAAGAACAUAAUUGAAGAGCUAUCAUUGGCAGGUUUCAUUAACUUGUCUGUGGUUUAAUGUUACCAAUGUGCUUUUUGUAAAAUUGUGGAAGGACAUACAGUGUGAUACCACACAUGACUAGAAGAAGUAUAGUUUUUUCCCCAGAUAGUCGUUGUAGACAAUUUGAUGUGAGAAUUGAUUCUCUUCAUAUUACCGUACUAAUGAACUUGUAUCAGCAACGUGAACAUAUUCAUAAAGUUGUAAAACGCUAAUACAAAUAGACGUUUGUUGUAACACUGGAGUAGCAUCACAUUUACUAUUCAUGUGGAUUAAACAAACCUUUCUUUCUGUAGUGGAUAAGCGAUGUUUUAUGGUACUGCAAGGAUUAUUGAAUAACAAAACUAGCAAGAUGAAUAGUUAACAAAGUGGGUUUCCUUCAAACUUUUGGAGACGAUCAAAGUGUAUCAUUUGCUCAAAUGGAUAAUGGAACUUUAAUGUGUUAUAUAAUAUUUGACCUAAAAUAUAAUUAUAUUUAUUGAAUCUUAUUUCAAUGUUGACGGAUUGUUUCUAACAACAAAAAUGUUCCAUAAUUAAUACUUUCCCUGUUUCAAAAUGAAGCUUUAUCAAAGAUUUGUAUUGUUAAGCGUAUGUUAUAUUUGUGAUGUACAAUCAGCUAAAGAAUGUGUUUACCAAUAUGAUAUGAAGAAUAAUAACGUUCAAAUAACAUGCGGGAAAGGCGCAGUAUUACAUAUUGUUGAUCAAAAUGGAAACACGCUACUUACCGGGGAAACAAGCAUCAGUUCCGCCGAUACUUCUCCUGUAUUUCAGCUGGACCGGUCAAGUAUCUCUUCCUUAAAUGACGAGGCACAUAAAGCAACGAAAAAAUUAAGUGACGCCAGUAAACUGCUGAGAAAGGUACGAGAAGACCUGACGCUGCAGAUAAAUAAUCUGAUAAACCUGACAACCCUUCUACAGAGAGGUGAUGAUGAACUCAAGAAUGAUCUGAACACAUUACGAAGACAUGAUCUUACUUCACCAUUAGCAAGAGAGGCUAUAAUUGCAGCCCUACAGAACCAGUAUAAUUUUUUGAGAAUGGGGUUACUCUCACAGAAUACUCAAAUGAACGAACUAAUUAGGACAACGAUGCGUCUGACGACAUCUAUCAUGAAGACAGCACGUGGUGCACGCGGUGUUGGCGAAAUCCUAGAUCUGAGAGCUGACGUCAUGAAUGAGACAUUGUUUAACAUAACGAAGCUAAUGCCAGGGGGAUUUGAGCACGGUACAUUUUUUGGAGAGAAAACAGUGUUCUGUCCUCAAGAAUUGAAGAAGAUUAGUAAAAAGGGCACUAGUGUAACAACUGGUGUUGAGCAAGGAGCUAUAAUGUUAGACUCUCAUACGCCUGAAAACAUCUGGGUAAUGUAUGGCUAUGUCGACAUAAACGAAGUUACCCAGUUCGAUUCCCUAAAAAGUCUGAAAUUUGAAAAAGUUCAAAAGAUAUUUGAAUUACCGUUCUCAUGUGUCGGAACAGGCCACGUGGUAUACAAACAAGUUUUGUAUUGUCAGAAAAUGUUCACUAACAAGAUAGCCCAUUACAGUCUUGCAGAAUCGAGAUGGAUUGGUGAGAGACCGUUGGAAAAUGUUAGUGUUCAUAGCCAUUUUCCAUACCAGUCUGGAAAGAACACCGAUUUAGAUUUUGCCAUUGACGAAAAAGGGUUAUGGCUAAUAUAUUCAACAAACAAUACGCAUGGAGAUCUUGUUGUAAGCAAGGUGAAUGAGGAAGAUUUAUCAUUUGAUGGCACGUGGGUGACACAAAUAAAAAAGAAAGAUGUAGGAAAUGCAUUUAUCAUUUGCGGAAUUCUUUACACCAUUAAUGCAUUUGAUACAGCUCCUACCCAUAUCAAUUACGUGUAUGACACAAAUAAAGGUAAAGGUAAACGAUUGGAACCAGAUGAAUUAGAAUUUGUUAACGCAGUUGAAAAUGACUACGCACGAGUGUACUCUCUGGAUUACAGCCCUUCCGACCAGGCCUUGUAUUCGUGGAACAAUGGCCGUAUUGAAAUAUACCCAGUCUCGUUUCUAGACGAAAACGAACCAUGAAUACUUGUAUAAUGAUGCAUGGAGUGAAAAGUCUGUAACAGGGAUCAGUUAUAUAGCAAACAAACAUAAAUUAACGUUAUCAAGAAAUGAUAACAUUAUGCAAUUGUUUGAGAAAAAUAGUAUGUGUUGAUAUUAAAAGACAAAGUUAUGACUAUGCAAUGAUAAUCUAUCAGAAUCACAUCCAUCUUAUGUAAUUGCCAUCGGUGAAUAUUUAGUUUAACUACGUGUGUGAAGUAGGCAUAAAUAUUCUAUCGCUGGUUAUAUUAAUUUGUCUCAUGAAUGUUUGUCAUAAGGAUGUCUAUACCUGACAUGCUUAAAGACGAAACAAUUACUCUGGUUGGAGGUAUUUCAAAUAUCUUUUAACAAGCUGCAAAACAGUGGAUAAUUUGACAAUUAUCAGAUAGUUUGUGACUUGAAAAAGUGUUCAUAAGAAGAAUAUAUUGUAUUUAUUGUAACAGUUUUACAUAUUAAAGUCGUUUCACAUGGAAAAGUUACGAUAUAUUAAUGCUUAAGAAGGAAUGCACGAAUUAUCAGUCAAUAUAUUUCAAUACACAUUUUAUCAUUAAGGAAAUGUUCACUUGUGUACAGUUUAAUUGUUACAUAUACUUGUUUAUUAAAUUGUUCGUUUGUGAAUCCAUAUAUAUCAUAUAUAUAUGGAUACACUAUGUUUGAAUAAAUACAGGUAUUCAACAAGAUAAGGUACAUUUUAUAAUUUUGUCUCAUCAGAUGUGGCAUUGCACAAUAAUAUAUAUUUAACAAACAUCACCAUUUUAUUUCCAUUCAGUAUAAUCGGGAAGAUAAUUAUAUUAAUUUGUACGAAAUCUACUCACUGUUUUGCUCCCUGUAAGAAUAAUGACAUGAGUUCAUGAUAUUGAUGUUAUGCAGAAGAAAGUAAAAAUAUAAGUAAAUAUCAUUCAAAAGUACGGGCUAUGGCUUUGAUUUCAUGGUAGCUUAAUUGUUGCUUUGAUAUCAAUCUUAUAUAUUCCUUAAGUUUAUUGCUUUAGAUUUUUGGCGCAAAACUUUUAUUUCAUUCAAAUUGGAUAAUUGACUUCUUGAGAUACAAGCGGAUGCAUUUUUAUGCAAACAGUAUCCCUUGCAAGUCUGAAAAUAAUAUUAUUACCCAUUACUCUCAAUAUUUUAUGCCAGUAUGGAGCAUUAAAUACUUUCCAAAAUGUAUUACCUCUUACUCAAUCAUUUGAGUGUAUUGUUUUAAUUUUGAUAAGGUUUAAGGGAAUGAUUGUUACAUUUUUCAUUGUGUUGCUGUUCAAAACAUUUAAGCUUAAUAACCUUUGCAAUGAAUAACAUACACCUGUUAGAAGACUUGUAUUAUAUUUGUGUGCUACAUUCUGUUAAAUAUUUAGUACACAGACCAAAUUAUAUCAUAGAUUCUGCUAAACGUUUAGUUAUAACUCAUAGACGUUAACAGGCGCUUCUGUCAAAUUAAUCAUAUUUACAUCUAUGUUAAUGCAGGUAACAUGCAUAAGUCUGCCAAAGUUGAUAAAAAGCAGCACAAAUUCAUGUAUAUACAUGUAGUUCAAACAAAAUGAAAUUAUUUAUACAAUACACGAUAGCAGGUGUUUGAAUACAAUCAAUUAACAUGUAUUUUAUUGUUUAAUUAUUUUUAGAUAAAUUUGAACAAAUCCAAUUUAUUCUAUGACUAUUCAAUAUAGUGUUUCAAAGAAAGCAAAAUAAAUAAAUCAUUAUUCAAAGGGAAAA